AUGAAGUCUGUCGCUGCCAUUCUCGCUAUCGCUAGCACUGCCGCUGCCUUUGCUCCGUCUUCCAAGUCCAAGGCUCCCACCACCGUUACCCGUGUAGCGCUCGAUGACCUUGCGGGUAGCACGGCUCCGUUGAAACGGUUCGACCCCCUCGGCUUGGCACAAGUCGGCAGCGAGCAGACCUUUGCCUGGUUCCAAGCCGCCGAGCUGAAGCACAGCCGUGCCGCCAUGUUGGCCACCACCGGGUUUAUCGUCCAGGCCGCCGGAAUCCACUUUCCCGGUAUGCUCAGCAAGGAUAUCUCCUUCGAAUCCCUUUCCGGCAUGAACCCUGUGGAACAGUGGGCCGGUGUGCCUGAUGCUGGUAAGUGGCAGAUCAUCCUCACGAUCUUUAUUGCUGAAAUCGCCACCGAAGCCAAGAAGCCGCAUUACAUGAUGGGCGGUGAUCUACCGACCAUGGUAUUCCCCCCGAUUGACUUUUCCAAAGUUGACGCCGCCACUCUCAAGACCAAGCGAAGCCGCGAACUGAACAAUGGACGUCUCGCAAUGAUCGGCAUCAUGUCCUUCAUCAGUGAAUACAACAUCCCCGGAUCGGUCCCGGUCCUUAGUGGGCUGGAUGCCUUUUAA